AAUAAGUUUAUCGUCUUCUUAUAUCCAAUAGGAAUACAUCUUUUGGUGUUUGUUUACUUAUUUGUUUAGAAAAAUGAUUUGUCGUUUAUGUUUAGUGGGGAUCACUAACGGUAUAAAACUAUGGUCAGAUAAUUGUGAAAGUGACGUCGCAAAAGUCAUAAUCAAAUAUUUUUGCAUUGAGAUUCAGUGCCACGAAACAAUUUCUAAUGAAAUUUGUUGCGAGUGUUGGAAACAUAUUGACGAUUUCCACAAGUUUUGGGUAAAUAUUGAUGAAAAACAGAAGACUUUGCAAACCCAUCUAGAAUGCAUAGAAACAAAACAUCUCAUAGAAGAUAUUGAGACAGAAGAAUUUCCCUCAGCACAUAUUAACUCAUCUAUUGACUGUAAGGAAAUUGGGUUGAGAGAACCGCAAAUAGAUUUGGCUGUUUUACAACCCGACGUUUGCGACAAUGAAGUUGAAUUUGAUGCUGCUGAAUUGGAUAACGAUUGCGAUGAUGAAGUCGAAUUCGAUGUGGCAGAUAUAGAUAACGAAGUAUCAUCCGAUCAAGAAUCCUCACCUCCACUGAAAGCGAAAUCUACUAAUAAUCGUGUUAAGACGAAAAAGAAGAUAAAGAACCUUGAAAGCAGACCCAAGCGCGAAUACAGGAAAAAGUCGUUUAAGUCAAAAAGCGAUGAUAAUGUGUCAAAAGAUCCUGCAAAUGCGGAAGAAUCUGCGAGUCGACGUAUGGCCAAAUUGGCUUUGAUUGCUGAGAUGGAUGAGUAUAUUGCACAAAACUCGGAAUUGAGUUGUUGUUUGUGCAAGCAACAACUUACAGACUUCCUUCAGUUAAGAAAACAUUUCCGUGAGCAACAUAAAUGCGAAGGAUAUAUGACUUGUUGCAAUAGUCGUUUUUUAAAACGUUCUCUUUGGGUGGACCAUUUAAAAAUGCAUAGGGAUCCAGACUUUUUGAAGUGCCAUAUAUGCAAUAAGAAGUUGGCAAGCCGGAAUACUUUUCAAAAUCAUAUGGAUUCAAAACAUCCUGAUACGGAAGACUUACAAUUCUUUUGCAAAUUGUGCCCUAGAAAAUUCGUUAAACAAUAUCUUUUGGAUUAUCAUAUGCGUUCCAAACAUACGACUACACGCGAUUUCAUAUGUAAAAUAUGUAACAAGGGAUUCGUCAGUGCUGGCGUUUUAAAGAAACAUGAAAGAAACAUUCAUCUGAAUGAAUAUGAAUCUGUGUGUGAGAUAUGUGGAAAAUGCUUUAAAGCAGCUCACAAUCUUUUGCGUCAUGUAGACUCUAUUCACAGCGCAGAACCACGUACCAGAGCUCAAUGCCAUAUAUGUCAAAAGUGGCUGAAAAAUGCAUAUACACUUAAGAAGCACAUCAUAGCACACAGUGAAGAGCCUUUGGGAAAGGAGUAUCCUUGUACUAAAUGCAAUGCCAUUAAAUAUUCCAGACAUUCACUGGCGGCACAUAUACGUUACCAUCAUUCAGACCGAAGUUUUAAAUGUCCUGUAUGCAACAAAGAGUUUAAACUACCGAUCGCAUUGAGAGAGCAUGAGGCUAGACAUGCUGGAAUACACCUCUACACAUGUUCAAUAUGUGCAAAGAAGUUUAGGUCGAUCCGUAAUAUGCGUAAACACAUGGCCAAUCAUUCGGAUGAAGCAGUACAUCAAAAAUGUAACGAGAACCUAAAAGGAAAAUCAGAAGAAAAGUUGCCACAACACUCUACUCAAGCGAAUGAUAUGCCUUCUGGGUAUCUGACUUUAUUACCAUUUGGUGAACCACAGUCUUAAAGAAACUGCAGCAAUAUACAGUAUUACAAAUUUGUGAUUAAGAAUUUAAAUUAGAAAUACAACUAUUGUUACUCAUUAAACUGCACCUUAACAUCAUUGACCAAAGUUAUUAAGAGAUCCUUGCGUAACUGUUACUGGAGUUCUCUAUUUGAAAGUAGUUACCAAAUGCAUGAAAUAGAAGAUCUCCUUAAAACAUAUGUUGUGAAAGUUUGGCAACGUUAACAAGAAACGAAUAUUCAAUAUUGAAUACUACUGUGAAUUAAAUAGGGUUUCCAAAGAAGAGGAAGAAUGUAAAUAAUAAGAAGACAGCCCUGAAUUAAACUUAGCAGUAUUUUGAUUCGACAAAAAUGAUUUGUCGUCUCUGUUUAGAAGAUUCAAAUAAUAGUUUUGAUAUCUUCUCCGACAAUGGAGAAACGGAAGUUGCUAAAAUUAUUGCUAAAUACUUUCACGUCGAGGUACAACCGAGUGAUAUUGUUUCCAAUAAGAUUUGUGCAGAGUGUUGGGAAUAUACAUCGGUUUUCCACAGAUUUUGGUUAAAAAUAGAUGAAAAACAGAAAACAUUGCAAACACAAAUAAUAUGCACGCAAAUAAAACAAGAUGUGGAUGAUUUUCAACUGGAGUUCACUAGUGCAGCUAUAAAAUCUCCGAUUGACACAAAAGACAAUGAAUUACGUGAACCAGAGAUAGAUUUAGUUGUACAUCCUAUGUUAUCUAUUGAUGGAUUGGAGUUCAAUGCUGUUGAAAUGAAGGAUGAUGUUCUAUCAAGCGAUCGUGAUUCAUUGCCUUCACCUACACCAUCAUAUACAGAUGAAGUUUCAGAAGAAAAUGUAAUGGAAUUAAGGUCUACUAAAAAGCGGAAAUUCACGAAAAGAGGCACCAAACAGAAAAAACCAGAUAAAGAAUGUAUUGAUAAAACUCUGCGUUCCAAAAAGCGAAAAAUAAAAUCUGAAGAUAAUGUUGAAAAAAAAAUUUUAAAAAUAGAUGAUAAGGGCGAUAAAAAGCAUAAUACAAAAUCUUUGAUACGGGAAUUGGACGAAUUUAUAGCAGAAAACACACAACUAACUUGUUGCUUAUGCGCUGUACCACUGAAAGAUUUCACACACUUAAAGAAACAUUUUCGACAAGAACAUCAGUGUGUAGGCUAUAUUCCUUGUUGUAAUAAUCGGUAUCGAAAACGGACAUUAUAUGUGGACCAUCUAAAACUUCAUAAAGACCCAGAUUUUUUCAAAUGCACACUCUGUAAUAAACAAUUAGCAAGCAGAAAUAACUACCAAAAUCAUAUGGACACUAUACAUCCAGACGCAGAAAGUUUACUUUAUCCCUGUAAAUUAUGCCCAAGAAAGUUCGCUAAACAGUACAUUUUAGACUAUCACAUAAAGUCUAGCCAUACUACAGAGCGGAAUUAUAUCUGCAAAACCUGCAAUAAGGGAUUCAUAAAUUCUGCAGUUUUAAAACAGCAUGAAAAAGCAGUACAUUUAAAUGAAUACGACUCUGUUUGUGAAGUUUGCGGCAAGUGUCUUAAAACCGCCCAAAAUCUUUUGUCUCACAUGGAAACCAUUCAUAAUACGGAACCUCGUCCCGAAGAACAAUGUAAAAUCUGUCUUAAGUGGUUGAAAAACGCACGCUGUGUAAAGAAACACAUGAUUAUACAUCGGGACCAAGCAUCCGGACAAGAAUUCAAGUGCCCUCAGUGUGGUAUGGAAAAAAAUACACGCCAUGCACUUUCCGCUCAUAUUCGUUAUCAUCACUCUGAUAAAGUGUUCACAUGCACAAUGUGCAAUAAAGAAUUUAAAAAUCCCCGCGCUUUGAGGGAACAUGAAACAACUCACACUGGAACCCAUUUAUAUACCUGUUCCUUUUGUCCAAAGACGUUUAGGUCUCAUGGGAAUAUGCACAAACAUAAGGUUAACAAUCAUUCAAAUGAGUGGGUUCGUAAACGGUCGCAACCAAGCGAGAUUACCAAAAGUUUAUUAAAUAUUUUACCACCUGAUGGAGAACAAAUUUGAAGAGUCAAUAAACAUUUAAGAUUUCAAUAAAUUAUUUCAACAAUUUUUUAAUUUAAUUCUUGGUGCACACGCAUUAAAUAAAUUCUACUUCUUAUUUAUGGUAUAUAAAGGAUAAUCUAAUUGUAUAGACUUAGGAUGGAGUUUAUUUUAGCAUAGUCGGAAUAGGUAAAUUUACGCUAUUACUACAUACUGAAUGAAUUUUAAAGAAGAAGAAGACAUAAAAUGUAAAUUCAAUUUGUGACAACAAAGUGUAAAUAAAACAUAUGUAAAUAGAAAAAUACUUAUCGGAUAGCAAAAUGAUUUGCCGACUGUGUUUAAUUGAGUCAAAUGAAAUAUUAAAAAUUUAUAAUGAAACAGGAGAAAUGAUAGAUAAUGACAUUUUGAAAGUAGUAGCUAAACAUUUCCAAAUUGAGAUUCGAUACGAUGAUGCAGUGUCUAAUAUAAUAUGUUUAGUAUGUUGGAAUUAUCUAUCGAAGUUCCAUAAUUACUGGUUGAGUAUUGAAGAGAAGCAGAUAACACUAAAUAACCAACUGCAUUUUACGGAAAUAAAGCGUGAUAUCGAGGAUGUGGAGACAGGAGGUUUCGCUUAUGAAGCGAAAAAUUCAACUCAUGAAAAAGUAGAGACUGGCUUGUGUGAACCUGAAAUAGAUAUGUUUAUUGAAAAUUCAGACACAUUUGAAGUUGAAACCGAAUUUGUUGCUGCAAAAACUGAAGAAGAUGAGGGGACCGUUGAUUGUGAUGUUUUUGCUCCUACGACAGAUUCCCUUGACAUACUUUCAAGAGAAAAUGAAAUUGAAACUGAAGAUCUUGCACCAAAUAGUCAACAGAAACGCAAAUACACUAAAAAGAAUAAAAAACUGGAGAAGACAAUUUUAGAAAAAGGACAGAGUAAAAGGGGUCGACCUAGGUUAAAACGUAACAAUUCAAAAGCGAGUUCAAGUGCCACCAAUAAGAAAAAUAUCGAAAGUUCCCAAAACUAUGAAGAAAAGUUGAAAGCUAUCCGCGAAGCUGAUAAGUUUUUGGCAGAAAACACACAGUUGAACUGUUGUAUUUGCACGGAACAAUUGAAAGAUUUUAAGGAACUUAAAACUCAUUUUCGACAAAAACAUCAAUGCACCGGAUAUGUGAUAUGUUGUAAUCUACGUUUUAAUAAACGUACUUUAUAUGUGGACCAUAUUCAGUUGCAUAAGAAUCCUGACUUCUUCAAAUGCUGCAUUUGUAAUAAACAACUAAUAAGCCGCAAAAAUUACGCAAAUCAUAUGCAUUCAUUGCACCCUGCUGAAGAAAACCUGCAAUUUGUUUGUAAACUUUGUCCGAAAAAGUUUUCUAAGCAAUACAUACUAGAUAGUCACAUAAAAAUGCGUCACAUGCCCAAGGACCAUAUUUGUAAUCUCUGUGAUAAGGCAUUUGCAAGUAUCUGGAUUUUGAAACAACACGAAAAAUCAGUUCAUCGCAACGAAUUUGAAUCAGUUUGUGAGAUAUGUGGAAAGCGUUUGAGAAAUGCCGCAAACUUGCAAUAUCAUAUGGAUAAUAUACACAACACCGAACCACGUCCGGAAGUUGAAUGUACGCUUUGUCAUAAAUGGCUAAAAAGUGAUCGCAGUUUGCGGAAGCAUAUGAUUUCACAUCGCGAUGAAGCAUCAGGUACAGUUUUUAAAUGUUCUCAAUGUGACGUUGAGAAAAAAUCUAGGCAUUCGCUUGCAUCACAUAUACGAUAUCAUCACUCCAACCGAAUCUUCUCCUGUACAAUGUGCACCAAAGAAUUUAAAACUCCAAUUGCACUGAAGGAACAUGAAGCCACACACACUGGUGUCGAUUUGUACACUUGCCCCUUCUGCCCUAAGACGUUCAGAUCACAUGCCAAUAUGCAUAAGCAUAAAUUACAUAGUCACUCGGAUGAAUGGGUUCGCAAAUACGCACAACCAAAUGAAUUCACCCAAAGUGUUUUAAAUCAAACGCGUAGAACCGAGACAUAACCGAACUUGUUUGAAUUAGCUAAUCUGAAUCUGAUUUAGAAGCUUUUGUGGUGCUCAGUGUUAAAAUUAAGAUUAAUAAUUCUUUAAAUAAUUAAACUAAAAUAUACACCAGAUGUAUAAUAUAUUAAUUAUUUGUUUCUUAAAGAUGAGCUUUGUAAUAAUAAAUAACAAGAAAAAAUUGAAUACAAAA